ACCCUUUAUUACACUGCUAGCUGAGCAAGCCCCAGCUGGUAAUCAGUGGGCUCCCAGAGUCUUCAUAACACUGAAGGAGUCUGAUUGCAGGGGCUCAGCCUUAUGAUGAAAGCAGGUUAUUUUUUCACCCUUUGCUCCAAAGUCCUGCUUGCAAGGGCAAAGUAAUACCAUCCACUUGGGCCACUGGUUUCUUCUAAGAUAGUGUACCUGUAUUCAUAAUUUCUUCAUCAACUAGGAUACUAACAAGACGGGAAAUAAAUAAUCUGCGGUAGAAAAGAACCGACAUUGAUCUAAUUAUACAGAACUUUGUGGGAUUUAUUGCUUUUUGUUGCCAAGGAGAAAGCGAUUCGCCAUGGAAAUGAACUCCACGCCAACAGGCAGGGCAGAAGAGCAGGAGAAUACGCACCUCCACAAUAUGGCUAAUGAAAAUAAUGUAAAAAUGCAGGAAGCAGAAGAAGAGGACGAUGAUGAAGAACCCGAGACCAUGGAAAAACCCAAAAAAAGCUGGCACGAAAGGAUGCAUGACUGCAAAUUAUUAAUGUGGAACCCAGAAAAGGGAGAAUUCAUGGGAAGAACGGGAAAGAGCUGGGCCCUUAUUUUGUUGUUUUAUUUUGUUCUUUAUGCUUUUCUGGCCGGACUCUUUGGACUCUGUUUAUAUGUUAUGCUGUUGACAAUCAGCCCCUACACACCAACCUAUAGGGACCGAGUUUGUCCACCAGGAGUAAUGAUUAGACCGAGCCCACCGGGAUUUGAGUUUAACUUCAAUAUUUCAGAAAGGCAUACAUGGUCAUCAUAUGUGGAACAGUUGCAUUCCUUCCUAGAACCUUAUAAUGAUUCUGUACAAGCCGUAAAGAACAAGUUCUGUAACUCAGAGGACUACAUUGUACAGAAAAUGAAAGAAAGUGCAGAAAUGUUAGCUUGCCAGUUUAACCGUUCCAUGCUGGAAAGCUGUUCGGGCAUCAGUGAUACAGAUUUUGGAUAUUCCGUGGGCAAACCCUGUAUCCUUUUAAAAAUGAACCGGAUAAUUGGUUAUAAACCUGGCCAUGGAAAGCCAAUUGCAGUAACCUGUGAAAUUCAGAGAGGUGAUGAAACUGCCAUUGAAGAACUGGCAUUGUAUCCAGGAAAUGGGACAUUUAAACUGAUGUACUUCCCAUACUAUGGAAAACUGAUACAUGUAAACUAUAGUUCUCCACUGGUGGCAAUACAUUUCAAGGAAGUGAAGAUGAAUUCUCCAAUAACAGUCCAGUGCAAGUUAAAUGGAGCAGGAAUCAUUAAUGACAGUGCUCAGGAUCGAUUCCUUGGCAGGAUUUUUUUCACCAUCAACAUUGGAGCAUAGCAGUUUGACAUUUUAUUUUUCUUUUCUUGGGACUUCGUCAAACACAGCAUCUGUAAAACUACAGCUGUAUGUCAACAUUUGACAUGACUUAGAAAUAGUUAAGUGGACAAUAUUUUUCAGGGACAACUUGAAGAAUGCCAGUGGCCUUUGGUAGAUCUUACACAUGUAGAAAAUGGAAAAAAAUCACAACAGGUAGCAAAUCAGUAUGUAAUUACUACUGCAGAGUCAAAGAAGGCUCUUUAAUAGAAUAUUAUUUGUUGAGAGAAAAAGCCAUUGGCAUUAUGCAGUCAUUAAUUUCUUUUACUAAAAAUUAAGACGUUUGUUUCUGAGGCCAUGAAUCAGUUUUAUUUUAAUAGAGUGGAUACAGUCCCUUACUAAUAUGGAUGUAAUGAUGUAGAGUUUUCAGAACUAUAUUUUGAUAUGCUUUAGUAAGUAUAAUGGGUAACGUUCAUGAGUUCCAGCAGAUUAUAAAUUCAGUUUGGUAUAAAGUAGAUUAUAAACUGAAACUAUUAUAUUGUUCAAACAGUUGUUCUAACAGAUAAUUAUAAAGCAUAAGAGUUGAUGUGAAGAGGCAUACCGAUCAUGUGUUAAUAUUUUCAUACAAUAAUUUAGAAAAAUGGUAAUCUGUCUCUGUCUCUCUCAGGCUUAAUCCUGUAGAGAGAGAGAGAGAGAUAGAGUGAGAGAGAGGAAAGGAGGGAUAGAUAGCAAUAUUAAUACCCAGACAUAUGGACAUGAAAAUCCACUGCAGGCUGUGGUGUUCGUGCUCUAAUCAUUCUAUAAAAUAUGACCAAAUUGUUGUAUGUUGCUGCAAAAUAGAACAGAUGCUAAUUAUGGACAGAUACCUAAGAAAUGCAUGCAUCACAGUAGAAUUAUGCUCUUUGGGGCAUUUUUUUUUUGUAAAAAAACAGAAACAACUGGUUUGGAAAUUAAUGUGCAAGUGUGACCUUGUACUUUAAUACACACACUGUCAUAUAAUGUACAUUAUCUAAGCAGCAAAGAUUAUAUACCUAAUGUCCCCAACGUACCCAGUGUUAUAUUUCCCCUCUCUUUUGUGUAUCCUUUUCUAAAUCUGCCUUUUACAGAUAGGCAGACAAACUUCUCCUGGGCACAAAUAUGUGGGGGAGAAAGUCAUGACUAAGUCAGAAUGGUGGUAAAUUUGAUUACCAUCUUGCCUGGAUCAAAUAAAAUUUAAAAUUGUCCUUUCUACAUCAUCAUUUCAGAAGUCCCCAAAACUAAUUUAAACACAUUCAUCAACAGUCUUACUAUAUUAAAACUUAAUCAUUUAAAAACUGAAAUGGAUAUAGUUCCAGGGUGCAUGUGUUAUUCAACUAAAAUUUACUUGUUAAACCUCUUUUUAAAUAAGGGAUGUCUUUUAAGUAUUUGAAGAUUGGUAGGAAGAUAUGACUGUAUUUGUUUCAUUUUUUUACAGAUAUCACUAACUUUAAAAUUAAAAGUUACUUUGGCAACAUGGAUGUAAAAAAUUGCUGAGUAUUCAAAUAUAUAUAAACCAGGUAGUUUCUUGGGUUCAUAAUGAUGUGUAGAGUUUCAUUUAAUUGAAACUCAAAAAUAAAUAAAUUCAACAGCUAAAUUACAUGAAAACAUGGACACAAAAGGCUGGAUUCAUAAAGGUUACCUCAAAGUGUACACUAUGUGUACACCUAGUGUAACCUUUCUGAGUGAACAGACAGCACAAGCAUUGUGGUAAGGCUGCUCUUGAAUUCAGAAAGUAGUAACCUUUAUGAAUAUGUCCUAAAGUGUAUUUGCAGACAUUGCACAAAACUCAAAUAAAACAGCUUUGUAGGAGACCUCACCCCCUUACACCCACUUCCCACUGUGGCGGUUUCACUUCUACACCACUGAUCUCUAAAUAUGUUAACUCAGAAAUCAUAAAAACUCAGAAUGAGGCGAAUACCAUUUCACAAAAUAGCUUACAUUUUUGUUUUGCUCCAACACACCCAACUUUGGAGUCAGAAUUUAAAAUGGAAAAUAUAAUUAUGUGAUAAAGCAUUCUCAGUGAAAUCAGUCCUUAACCUAUUACUUUGUGAAAGUAUAGUUAAUGACUGGUCUCAACAAUACAAUAUACAAUAAAAGUGUUUAUAUACAGAUAUAAUUUAUGUAUUUAUAUAAAGCAAAUCUUAACUACCCAUAAUCCUGGACACCAGUAGAUAAAGAAACAAAUGCCGAAUACCCAGUAACUUGACUGCAAGAAACACCGACACCCAUAAUACAGAUAAACAGAAAAAUACCCUUACCAUCUAAAACAUGUGUUCUGCAGGCAGGCAAACCCCAAAUUUGGGGAAAAGACCCACAUACACCCCCUCAGACUUGUAUACUAACUCUGUGGUUCCACUGACUCAAAGAAGGAAAUAAUCUUCUUACAGAAAGGAAUUGCCACUGGCAUACCAAGAACCACACCAGCUGUGAGUAAUCAAAAUAAGAAAAAAAAAUACAUGACAAAACAUAAACAUUCUUCCUACUCUACACAAACAAAUGCACAGUACCCCAUCACAGAAUAACUCAACUUUACAAAAUCAACCAACUAUGAAUUCAACAUAGUAUGCAUUUGGCAGUUCCUUCUGCAGUCAGACCUCAUUAAUGAACCAAAGCUUUGACACAUUAAACUGUGCACACCACUGGUAUUCACUAAUAUGCCACAAGCAUGCUUGGAACCCAUAUAUGUAUGCUUGUACGCGCAUGUGUAUAUAUAAAAUAUGAGUUCCAAACAUGUUUAUGAUCAUCACUCUUAUAUGCAAAAACAGGAUUUCUGUCUGAAGAUUGAGACUGCAACAUUCUGGAUAUUAUUCAUAUCCCAUAGAUGCAACAAUAUUGGCCUUCGUAUAUAUAAGUAACAAGGGGUGAUGGGGUGAAAGAGAACUACCCCUUAAAAAUGU